AUGGUUGAGACUCGUAGUACCGUGGACCUCCAGAAGGAGGCCACUAAUAUCAUACUAGAAGCCAAUAAGUCCGGCAAUAUGGACAUUUCACGUAUACAGGCAGUUCCCCCUAAGAUAUGGGGACAAGUGUGUACUGCGUUGGACAUUGAGAGGCUAAUCAACUAUAAUCAGUUACUCAUGCAACCAAAGUAUAUGAAGGAACUGCAGGAGGUUCUCGCUGCCCGCAUAGAGGCCGAGAAGCCGGCGUUCACCCAUAGAAAGAUUCAAGAGGCGGGACCGCCGAAGACGGCCACCCAGCCCUCGACGAACAACCCACCGGUUAAUCGACCACCCACGCUGGACCUGACUUCAGUGGGCCAACACGCUCCAAUGAUGGAAGAAGUCUACUACAGCGACCAUAGCUCGACACCGAGAAUACACGGUAAACGUCAUACGAUUACGACGGACGGGUGGGCGAACAUUGACUAUCUAAUGGGCGACCCUGCACAUAUGUUGAAUCAGCUGCGAGGGGUACGAAUGUCACCCGAAAAGGCAUUUGAGACCAGGAAUAAGAUCCUGCGAAAGGCCCUAGUUGAUCCCGAGAUUGACAACACGGACAAGCUGAUAGUUCGUGUGAAUCAACUUAUCGACCAAGGCCUAAUUACGCAUGACUUAUCGGUUAAUGUACUUUUGAGCUGCACAGUGUACGGGAAAGAGGGGACUAUGCGUCGGAUUGAGUCGGGUGCGAUACUUAAACCCAUAAACAUCUACAACCUAAGUUCGCGGAAACGCCCAGACGACAAGAAACCGAGAACGCAAAACCCAAAUCCGAACACAUACGCUAGCAGUAAUAAGAAGAAGAAUACGACGAAUUACAACAAUCAGAACCGACGAGGCAGUUAUAGUAAGCCUACGGAGACGACUAAGAACUGGACCCAGGGCAC